AUGGCGUUGGAGGACCUCUCGUUCGUGCUUCUCACCCGCGCGCUGUUCUGCGCCGGUCUCGGCGAAGACGGCGACGCGGACUACGACGGUCGCGGCGGCGGUUCCGUCGCCUUCGAGGCUGACCUCGCGUCGGACGCGGGAUCGACGUGGACCGCCGCGUGCGCGGCGGCGGCGCAGGGCUUGCGACACGUCGCGCUGAGCGGAUGGCGGCCGAUGGAAUCGCACGCGGUGGCGCGCGAGCUCGAGCACUGGUGCGACGUCGAUCCCCGUGACGGCGGCCCGGUCUCUACACCGGAGCGCGCGAUGCGCAUGGGCGCGUCGCUCGACCGCGCGCGGCGCCUCGUCGAGGCGCACACCGCCGCGGUGACGCGCGGAUUCGGCGACGCGCCGCGCGCGCUCGCCGAGGCGCUCGGCGUCCGCGCGGACGACGGCGGCGACUUCGUGGACGCGUCUGUCAGAGGCGGCGUCCCGUUCCAGCUGUCCAGGCUUCUCGCGCCGAUGCUGCGCGCGACCGCGAAGGCGGCGGGGCGCGUGGACCAGUCCAGAAAGUCGAUCGUGACGGGCACGGCGACGGGGAAACUCGUGCGAUGCGACGCGCUGGAGCCCGGCGCGCUCCUCGGGAGCGAGCACGACCCCACGAUCGUCUUCGUCGCGAAAGCGCUCGGCGACGAGGAGAUCACCGCGGCUGGGAGCAAGGUGGUCGGCAUCGUCGCCGGACGCGCGCUGCACCCGGAAUGCCACCUCGCGAUUCGAUCGCGACAGGAGGGCGUGCCGCUCACGGCGACGCCGUCGCCCGAGGGCGCGAAGCACGCCGCCGACGCGGUGCGCCAGCUUUUGGGCGAAUGGGUGACGCUGAACGUGACGUCCAACGGCGUGCUGCUCGGGCGAGCUUCCCGGGACGACAUCUCGCGCGCGAGGGACGCCGCGGUGCGAUACGACCGGUCCAUACGCGACGACCGCGGCGUGGUGACGCGCGCGGCGCCGAGUGAGAGGGACGGCGGCGCCGCCGCGGUCGUGUCGGUGCGCGCGUUGCGAGACGCGACGACGGAGACGGCGGGCGCGAAAGCCGCCGCCGCGGGCGCGCUGCUACGCGUGGCGGACCGACCGGGGUGCCCGUUCACCGCCCCGGAGGGGUGCGUCGUGCCGUACGGCGCGCUCGAGGCGAUCGCGCGGCGCGCGAACGCGGAGGAGGCGCUGAGACGCCACGCCGAGAACGCCGACGACGCCGCGCGCGUCGGCGACGCGCCGCGACUUCGCGCCGCGUGCGACGCCGCGAAAGCGCUGAUCGAAUCGCUGCCGUUCCCGACGGAGAUCGCCGCGACGAUCGCCGCGUCGUUCGUCGACGUCGUCGCUCGUCGUCGCGCCGCCGUCGGAGGCGGGGGCGGCGCGUCCGACGUCGACGUCGCGGCGGCGUCGACGCUCGUGGCGCGCGUGUCGUCCAACGUCGACGACCUCGCCGGCACCGCCGGUCGCGGCGUGUACGACGUCGUCGUCGGCGUGCCGGCGUCGUCCCCCGACGCCGUCGCGCGCGCGGUCCUGAAGGUCAUGGCGAGCGCGUACUCCGAGACCGCGGUGAUCAACCGCCUCGCGUGCGGGCUAGACAGCGCUGAUGCGCGCGUCGCCGCGAUCGUCUCCGAGACGGCGCCCGCGGCGACCGCGUUCGAGCUCGACACCGGCGGCGUCGCGUCGCCGACGCUCCACGCGGACGUCGUCGUCGGGUUCGGUCACUCGCACGCGCGCGUCGGCGCCGGCGCGCGCGGGUCGCCGUGGCGGCUGCGCGUGGAUAAGCGCGACGGGAGCGUGGAGACGUGCGCGUUCGCGUCGCUGAGCACGUCGCUGACGUUGCGCGCGCUCGACGAGAAUUGCGGCGGCGGCGCGCGGCUGCGGCGAGAGGCGGCGGAUUACAGCAAGCAACCGCUGAGCUUGGACGCGGACGCGCGCGUUGACGCGGGGAGGAAGCUCGCCGCGGUCGGCGUCGCGCUCGAGCACGAGUUCGACGGCGCGGCGCAGAUCGUGGAGGGGUGCGUGGACGGCGACGGCGUCGUGUGGGCGGUGCAGAGCAGGAACGCGCCGAGGGAGUGAUGAGUAGGAGUGAGUAGGAGCGAUCGGACGGAUCGGCGGCUCGAGAUCGCUUGCUUCAUAUUAUCGAAAACGCAAAAGG